GUAGAAUCCAGCCUACUCUUUUCUCUUUGCGCCGUGGCAUUUCAGGGCAGAAGCCGCCUGAGCCGCGCCUCCAAUACCUAGAGCAGCCGCUCUGAACCGGGACAGGGAUGAGCGGAGGUCGGAUAAGAUAAUCAUCACAUGGAUUUAGAAACAACCAAUGUGUGAAAACACUGAGACAUUGGAUAGAAAGAUCAAGAUCUUUGCUGCAAAAUGACUCAAAUGGCCUUCCUGGUCUUAAGGAUGACGUGCUGAAGCCUGGGUGAGUGAUGUGAGCCGAGCGGGGAGGGGAAUGCUGACUUGCCAGCUCUAGCUUUUAUGAGAGCGCCAUGCCCAGGCGGGGGUUGCUGCUCCACGGCCGGCUCCGCUGGCUCUUCCUGGCCCUCCUCCUGCUGCUGGUCUUCAUGCUGUUCCUGUACCUGCUGGAGUGCAGUCCGCCGGCGGACGUCGGCCUGACGCUGUCGGGCCCGGUGGGGGAGUCCUACGGAAAGGAGUACUACCUCACCCUGCUGCAGGAGCAGGAGGAGCGCCACCUCAACCGGGCCACCAGCCUCAAGCGCCAGAUUGCGCAGCUCAAGCAGGAGCUCCAGGAAAUGGGCGAGAAGCUGAAGUUCCUGCAGGACAAAAAGGAGCUGGUGGGUUUGCAGGGACUGGUGGAGAACAAAGACCAGGAGCCGGGGGAUCUGCUGGAGUACCUGCACUCCCAGAUCGACAAGGCCGAGGUCAACACGGGGGCGCGACUGCCCAGCGAGUACGCCCUGGUGCCGUUCGAGAGUUUCACCUCCUCCAAGGUGUACCAGCUGGAGAUGGGGCUGACGCGGCACCCCGAGGAGAAGCCCGUCCGCAAGGACCGGCGGGACGAGCUGGUGGAGGUCCUGGAGGCCGCGCUGGACAUCAUCAACAACCCGGACGAGGAGGACGGCGUGGAGGACGACAUGCAGAGAACCACCUACCUAGACAAUCACUUCGUUGAGGGACUGUACAGGACGGAGCGGGACAAAGGGACUCUGUACGAGCUUUUCUUCGCCAAGGAGGAGUCCAGCAGCUUCCGCCACGUCACGCUCUUCAGGCCUUUCGGUCCGCUAAUGAAAGUCAGGAGCACAUCUGUAGACACUUCAGACGUGAUCAUCAACAUCAUCGUGCCGCUGUCGGGCAGGGUGGAAACUUUCACCCAGUUCUUACAAAACUUCAGGGAGGUGUGCAUCCAGCAGGACAAACGGAUUCAUCUCACGGUGGUUUAUUUCGGAGCGAAAGGCCUGGAGGAGGUGACUUCAUCUUUAGGAAAAAUGGCGAGGGAGGAGAAUUUCUCCAAUUACACUCUGAUCCCAGUGAACGAGGAGUUCUCCCGGGGUCGGGGUCUAGAUAUUGGCGCUCACGCUUGGAAGAAGGGCGACGUGCUGAUGUUUUUUUGUGACGUGGACAUCCACUUCACACUGGACUUCCUCAACACAUGUCGUCUACAGGCCUCUCCAAACAAGAAAGUCUUCUAUCCAGUGGUGUUCAGUCUGUACAAUCCCGCCAUCGUCCAUGGAAAUUUCGAGUCGCCUCCACCUAUUGAACUCCAGCUGAUUCACAAAAAGGACGCUGGGUUCUGGAGAGACUUUGGGUUUGGGAUGACCUGUCAGUAUCGCUCCGAUUUCCUCAAUAUUGGUGGCUUUGACCUUGAAGUCAAAGGGUGGGGCGUGGAAGACGUCCACCUGUACCGGAAGUACCUCCGGAGCGCCCUGAUUGUGAUCCGGACGCCGGUGUCGGGCCUGUUCCACCUGUGGCACAAGAAGCGGUGCGCCGACGAGCUGACGCCGGAGCAGUACCGCAUGUGCAUCCAGUCCAAGGCCAUGAACGAGGCGUCCCACUCCCACCUGGGCAUGCUGGUGUUCCGCGAGGAGAUCGAGGCCCACCUCCAGAAACAGGCCUUCAAGUCCAAGAACAAGUCGGCAGACUGAGCAGGUACCGGACGCUACCACUGUGAGGCGCUGCAGAGACAUGUUUACACGGACCCCUCUGCAUUUGGCCACACAGCUGCAGACAAAUGAAUGUAUGAAAAAAAAAAAAAAAAACGAUCAAUGUGAAACUUCACAGCCCGGCAUGAAUCUUACCGCGGAGCUACAGCCGCCAG